CGCUGGCUGGUCGGCGCCGGCCCGCGCGCAGCGCUAUGGCGGCGGCGGGGGCGGCGGGCGCCUGCCCCGGCGGCGACAGCGGCAACGUCUCCCAGAGCCACAGCAACGCCUCGGCGCUCGGGGAGCAGGAGGGCGAGGAGGGCGACGCCUCGGAGGCGUCGCUCAGCGCCGCCGCCGCCGCCUAUUCCGCCUAUCUGCUGCCGGACCGGGCCGUCUUCUGCGCGCAGAUAGAAAGCUUAGAGAAGAGUCUAGAAGACUUGCUGACCAGAGUAGAUGAAUUUGUGGGAAUGUUAGACAUGAUUCGAAGCGAUUCCUCUCAAGUUGUCAAUGAAAGUAUACCUCAAAUCUACACAAAAGCUGCAGAAAUGAGACAUAUAUACAGGAAGAUUGACAAAUUAGAGGCUUUUGUGAAGAUGAUCGGGAACUAUGUGGCUGGAAUGGAAGAACGGGUCAUAAAGGCAGAAACAGAUCUUGGAACUUUUCCAAAUACAUUCAAGAAAAUCUUGCACACAAUCAGCGUAUCAUCCUUCCUUAAUAAAUCAUCUUCAUCACGACAGCAACAAACCCUCUAUGAACCUCCAAUCCUCUUCAAGACCGAAGACUAUUUUCCUUGUCUAAAUGAAGUACCUUAUUCAUGAUUUUUGUUUUGGGGCUGAUAUGAAACAACCAGAAGAGAGAAAGCCAAGUGAACAAAUAGCUGAAUAUCUGAGUGUUACUAAUGGCAUAUUGCCAUUCUGAUUGUCAUUGUCUUCCUUCGAGGCAGUAUUUUCAAAUCAUCCUUUUGUACCUUAUUUCAAGUCUUCCUAACAUACAGUGCAGGUUUGCAGAAUAUAGUGAGGAAGGAAUUUAAGAAUACUUCUGCAUUAGGUUUUUCUUUUUUUUUUAAUAGGGAAAUAAUAGGAAACAUUUUUUAUAUAAAAAAAUCUUUUAACACUUAAAUUUCUGUGCUGCUGCAAGUGUAAAUAGCUAUACCACAAGGGUGUAUGUGGAGGGUUUUUAUUUUAUUUUUUUUUAUGUAUUCAGUUGAAGUAAGAUUAAGAGAAAACCUAUGCAUAAAAUCACUUGCAGCAAGUUUUGAAACUUGCCCCCCUGCAGUUUAUAUAGAGGACUGUACUGCAUUAGAAAAUAUAGGUGUAAUUGUUCUGCUGUUUGCUGAACUGAGAAGUCCAGCAAGCGAAGCUCAGAGAAUGGAGCUGUGGCUGCUGUAGAACUUCCAGCAUAAUUAGCUGAACUUCACAGGUCUCUCUAGUGUAAAAUUGAAACUUUUACUUCUGUAAAUACAUGACAAAAUUAUAUAUCUAUGAUUACCAAAGCUCUUGUAAUUUAACAAAUGUAAUUAAAGCUACGAACUUUGUGUGGAGUGUUUCUAAA